GGAUAUUGUCUGGGUUGCUCGACGAGGCAAGCCACACUUGUAGUGUGCAUUUACGAAGGCGAAACACAGUAACAGUCUUAAAAAAAAACAACUAAAGAAUAAAUAAAAUUACAAUAGCCACCUGCCGAGACAUUUGCUGAGAUGCCUCAUAUGCUUGGGCAGGUACUGGCGGCCAUGGAGACCCACCUGGCAAACGGAUCGGUGUGCGGCGGUCCGGCGAACGUUGGGCCCAACUCCGGCGGCGGCGGCGGGGGGGGCGGCGGCGCCGGCUGCCCGCUGCUGGGGCCCUCGCUGCAGGCCGCCGGCUCCUCCAUGGAGGACAGCAAGACCAACCUCAUCGUCAACUACCUGCCGCAGACCAUGACCCAGGAGGAGAUGAAGAGCCUGUUCGGGAGCAUCGGCGAGAUCGAGUCGUGCAAGCUGAUUCGGGACAAGAUCACAGGUCAGAGCCUGGGCUACGGCUUCGUGAACUACGUGGACCCCAAGGACGCGGAGAAGGCCAUCAACACCCUCAACGGCCUCCGCCUGCAGACCAAGACCAUCAAGGUGUCCUACGCGCGCCCCAGCUCGGCAUCCAUCCGCGACGCCAACCUCUACGUGAGCGGCCUGCCCAAGAACAUGAGCCAGAAGGAGCUGGAGCAGCUGUUCUCGCAGUACGGGCGCAUCAUCACCUCGCGCAUCCUUGUCGACCAGGUCACCGGCAUGUCGCGCGGCGUGGGCUUCAUCCGCUUCGACAAGCGCGUCGAGGCCGAAGAGGCCAUCAAGGGCCUCAACGGGCAGAAGCCGCCGGGGGCCGCCGAGCCCGUCACCGUCAAGUUCGCCAACAACCCGAGCCAGAAGACCAGCCAGGCCCUGCUGGCCCAGCUCUACCAGUCGCCAAUCCGCCGCUACCAGGGGCCCCUGCACCACCAGGCGCAGAGGUUCAGGCUGGACAAUCUCCUAAACAUGGCUUACGGAGUAAAGAGGUUCUCCCCGCUCACCAUCGACAGCGUGACUAGCCUGGCCGGCGUGGCAAUCCCCGGCCACACGGGCACAGGCUGGUGCAUCUUCGUGUACAACCUGUCGCCCGAGGCCGACGAGGGCAUCCUGUGGCAGAUGUUCGGCCCCUUCGGAGCGGUGACCAACGUGAAGGUGAUCCGCGACUUCGCCACCAACAAGUGCAAGGGCUUCGGCUUCGUGACCAUGACCAACUACGACGAGGCCGCCAUGGCCAUCGCCAGCCUCAACGGCUACCGACUCGGUGACCGUGUCCUCCAGGUCUCCUUCAAGACGAGCAAAGCUCACAAGGCGUAGUGCGGUGGGGUGGGUGGGUGUGCGGCUGAGCGGGAGA